GACCAGGGGAGAGAGGAAGGCAGGAGGAGAGUGUGCUUCUGGGCCUCCUGAAACCUCGCCAGACAGAAGAAGCCUCCAAGUGGCCGUUUAGAAGGCUGCCCUCCCAGCGGAGGGCACUUCGGGAAUGCAGCCUCUCCCGCCGCCUGUACCGGGUCCCCUGGCUCUGCUGGAUACCACAGAGGGCUUUGCAAGGAGAAAGAAGAUCUCUCUGUGGUUUGUGGGCUCUCUGCUGCUGGUGUCCACUCUUAUCCUGACCAUCGGCCUUGCUGCCACCACCAGGACAGAGAAUGUGACCGUGGGCGGCUACUACCCAGGGAUCAUCCUGGGCUUUGGGUCUUUCUUGGGAAUCAUUGGUAUUCACCUGGUGGAGAAUAGAAGACAAAUGUUGGUGGCGGCCAUCGUGUUCAUCAGUUUUGGUGUUGUGGCGGCAUUCUGCUGUGCCAUAGUGGAUGGCGUGUUUGCAGCACGGCACAUUGAACCAAGACCUCUCAGCACAGGAAGGUGCCAGUUUUACUCCAGUGGGACGGGGUACUUGUACGAUGUCUAUCAGACAGAGGUCACCUGCUACUCUCUGAGUGGAAGGUGCCAGCUGAAAGUGAGGAGCAACACUUGCUACUGCUGUGACCUCUAUGCUUGUGGGAGCACGGAGCCCUCACCUGCUUACUAUGAAUUUGUGGGUGUGCGUAGCUGCCAGGAUGUGAUCCACCUGUACCGGUUGCUCUGGGUGUCCACGGUCCUGAACGUACUGGGCCUGUGCCUUGGCAUUGUCACAGCUGCAGUCCUGGGGGCCUUCAAGGACAUGGUCCCCCUGUCUCAGCUGGCCUAUGGCCCGUCUCCACCACCCCAGAUCCUCUACAAUCCUGCCCAGCAGAUCCUAGCCUACACCGGCUUGUGCCCUUCAUCUAUGACCGUGCCAACCUGUUCUUCUUAUCCGCUGCCACUCCAGCCCUCCAGUGCCCUGCCGGCCUCGUCCUCUGCUGACCUCUCUUGGCCUGAGGACGCAGAAUCUCCUUCCCAGUGCAACUCCAGCCGUGGGCGUUCUCCUAAUGCUCCUUCACUGGGCACACCAACCCACCUCCUCCCCGGGGAGAAGCCUCCCCCCUACGCACCCUGACAUGGACACAGUAGGUUAAAAAGUAACUUGGCUUGGGGGUGCCAGAAAUAAGUAACAAAGGCCACAUAGAGAGAGCCAUAGAGAAAGCCUGCCUCUGCAGCCAGCCUCAUAGAGAACUCAGGAGUCUCCCUUCUCUUGGACACACCCUCUGCCAGCAUAGGCCAGGACCAGAGGCGAAGGUGAGGCGGAACAGCUGACCGAUGGCAGCUUUGCUGGCCCCCUCUCCCCACAUAGAGAAAGCCUGCCUCUGCAGCCAGCCUCAUAGAGAACUCAGGAGUCUCCCUUCUCUUGGACACACCCUCUGCCAGCAUAGGCCAGGACCAGAGGCGAAGGUGAGGCGGAACAGCUGACCGAUGGCAGCUUUGCUGGCCCCCUCUCCCCACAUAGAGAAAGCCUGCCUCUGCAGCCAGCCUCAUAGAGAACUCAGGAGUCUCCCUUCUCUUGGACACACCCUCUGCCAGCAUAGGCCAGGACCAGAGGCGAAGGUGAGGCGGGACAGCUGACCCGAUGGCAGCUUUGCUGGCCCCCUCUCCCCACAUGAAGACCGGCAGCCAACUAUGCUAGACCCUAGCCUCAUCGUCCAGAAAGGCUUCUCUGUGCCUGCUGUCACGGCUGUUUCACUUCUACUCCAGUCUUGGUUCAGUCGCCAUUACCUUGCAAAGGGAAGGUAGCCAGGCAUCUCUUUUGGUAAAGGUUGUUGCUUCAGAAAAUGCAUUGCAGGCUGACAGACUUCUGUGAGCAUGAAAGGACAGACAGAACAACCACUGAGCUCUACACAACCUCUGAGCUCUACACAACCCCUGAGCUCUGCUUUUCUGAUUGGAAGGGGAACAAGCUUUGGGCAGACAGAGGCCUUUCCGUCUGCCUCUGUGCAAGAUCCACCUUUUGGAAGACUCCAAACCUCACACCCAUUUUUCUGUUGAUUUGUGGCCAUUGGUUUAUUCAUUAAUUAACUGUUGCGUGGAUCCUAGGGCCUCUGGGAUCCAGAACUAGCAGGUGGGGGUGGAGGACCAGCCUGUGAAGAUGCAACUCCUGUGCCCCCUGCUGGCCAAGGCCUGUCUGUCCCUCGGAUCUAGAGAGGUUUUCUAAACAGGGUUUUCCACAAAGGCCCACAACACAGGUUCAUGUAGGAAGGGGACAGGUCUGCCUGUGGAGAAGAGGUACUGCAAACCCAAGAGCUGCUCACUGAUCCCUGAAGGGCUGAGACAGCCAUUGGUCUGAGGACUGGUCACUGUACACCAUCCUCAUUUUGAGUUUGGCCUUGCAGCCUGAGAAAGAAAGAGAUCAUCUUGGUUUCCAUUUGAUGCUUCUGACCUUGGAACCAUUACGCUUUUGCUUCCCUACAACCUCCAGGAGCCUGGUCCUCAGCUUCCCUAUGACCCUGGACCACUAUCAAACAAUAUUCUGCUGGUUUAUAUUUACCUAUAUAUAUAUGCAUACAUAUAUAAAUAUUAGGAUAUUUAAUACCUCUUAGGACCAUAACUUCAGAGGCAUUUGUGAAAGUCUCCUUAGAAUCGUACCUGGAGCCGGGCGUUGGUGGCUCACGCCUUUAAUCCCAGCACUCGGGAGGCAGAGGCAGGCGGAUCUCUGUGAGUUCGAGACCAGCCUGGACUACCAAGCGACUUCCAGGACAGCCUCCAAAGCCACAGAGGAACCCUGUCUCGAAAAACCAAAAAAAAAAAAAAAAAAAAAAAAAGAAUCGUACCUGGAGGCAACAGGACAAAAUCCUCUCUAGAUUUGGAAGGGGCCUUGGGCACUGCUCCUUGAUGGGGUCAGAGGUCAGUUGGCUCUGUCCCCUGCCUUGAAUCUACGGAGUGAAGAGUUAUAAGGGGCAUGGACACGCCACGGUGCUGGCUGUGGAAGACGGUAUCCUACACAGCAACGGCAAGAUUCCUGUCGCUUGUGGGGGUGAGGUUCAGAAAGACAAGCAUGACCAGAGAGAAGCAAAGAGAUGCAUCCUUGACGAAGCCACAUGCUGGGACAAGGAGCACCUCAGCCACGUUGUGACUACAGAGAAGAGCCAAGUUCUGGAGGCUGAGGGGAGAAAGGGCUUCCAAAGCCCCAGAGUCUCUUUGGUGCGGGGGGCCUAUACCUCCUCCCUGUUUUAUAUUACAGCAUCCCAGUGUUGUAUUUAAUAGUCCUGUGUCCUGGCCCAAUGGGCUCAAACUGAAUUUCCUAGCACUGGCCCCUGGUUCUCUGAAGAACAUCAAAACUGCAUAUUUGGUUGUGGAGUCCCUACCCACUGGAGCCAAGAACUAUUAAACUUCACAUGCCAAGGUCAA